AUGCGCUCUCUCAGUUGUUCUGGGCAGCAAUGGCUGCUUCUCUCUUUGCUUUCUCAAUCCAUUACUGCACUCCCACAGAGUAUCAAGCCCCGAAUCAACAAUGGUCUAGCCAUCACUCCACCCAUGGGUUGGAACUCUUAUAACCAUUAUUCUUGUUCCCCCAAUGAAACUAUUAUCCAUAGUAACGCACAAGCUCUCGUUUCUCUUGGUCUCUCUGCUCUCGGUUACCAUUAUGUGACUGUAGAUUGCGGAUGGACUUUGCCUGAUAGAGCUUCUGAUGGAACACUAACUUGGAAUCCUGACCGAUUUCCAAGUGGAUAUCCAGCUUUGGGAACUUUCAUUCAUGGGUUGGGCUUGGGUUUUGGCGUAUAUUCGGAUUCUGGGGUGCAAAUGUGUAUGACUGGAACUCCAGCACAAGUGGGAAGUCUAUAUCACGAAUUGACAGAUGCACAAACCUUCGCCUCAUGGGGAGCAGAUCUACUGAAAUAUGAUAAUUGCUAUUCCGAUGCAGCAACUGGGUUUCCAAACACCAAUUAUGCACCUUCGACAUCUCCAUCUCUCAGAUAUCAGAAUAUGACCAAUGCUUUAGCCACUCUCAGUAAACCCAUUCUUUUCCAGAUCUGCGAUUGGGGCGUUGAUUUUCCUUCUACGUGGGCUCCAGCCAUGGGAAACACCUGGCGCAUCACCAACGAUAUUAUCCCAUCCUAUUCCACUGUUUCACGAAUUUUGAACCAGGCUGUACCACAAACGUCUUUCGCCGGUCCUGGGCAUUGGCUCGAUCUUGAUAUGUUGGAAGUGGGGAAUAACGUCUUUACCACUACUGAGGAACAAACUCAUUUUAGUUUAUGGGCGAUUCUGAAAAGUCCAUUGGUCAUCGGAGCCGCAUUAAAGGAUCCGUUGACGAGUAUUAGCUCUGCCUCUCUGGCUAUUCUUAGCAACAAAGAUGUUAUAAGCUAUAACCAGGAUAGCUUGGGUGUUGCAGCAAGUUUCCGAAGGAGGUGGACAACCGAUGGAUAUGAAGUAUGGGCCGGACCAUUGAGUGGAAAUCGCACCGUCGUGGCGCUCAUUAACCUUCAAAAUACGGAAAGGACACUUACUUUGAAUUUUCCAGAUGUGGGACUGCAAAAGGCAGGUACUCUCAAGGAUAUCUGGGCCAAUAUCAGUACGAGGAAUGCUCUGACCUCGUGGUCUGCGAAUGUGGGUGCACAUGGAACGAUGCUUCUGGAACUCGGGGGGACAACUACAGCGGGUACAUAUGCCACUGAUGACGCUGCUGUUUCUGGCUCAAACAUCACAUUUUCUAAGAUCUACGCCCAAACCUCGAGCUCUAACUAUACUGCUACACUACAUUUCAAUACCACAUCUACCUCCUCAACGACCUUCACUGUUGCCUCAAAAAAAUACACUCUUCCCGCUGGCUCAACUUCCCUCGCUGUAGGCCCCCUCUCAUUCACAGCGUCAAGCACAAACACCCUAUCCGUAGUCUCCUCCUCCACUCUGCUCCCAUCCUCCCUCACCAUCACAUCUCCUCCCGCAACAUUCUACUCCUCAUCCAGCAUGAGUAUCUCCGGCACCGCCACGCACGUAACAUGCAGCACCAACUACUGUACUCCAAGCGGCACCAAAAUCGGCUAUUUAACGCCCAGCGGCUCCGCUUCCAUUACCGUCAAUUCUCCUUCAACAUCUACUGCCACUUCUACAAAAUACCUCUCUGUGUACUUUUGCAAUAAUGAUAUCGCAUUCAGUACAUCGUGGACUACAGGCACCAAUACAAGAAAUAUGACGAUUAGCGUUAAUGGCGUAGUGACACGCGCAGAAUUUCCACUGAGUGGGAAGAGUUCGGAAUUGUUCGGGACAAAGGGGUGGCAGGAUACCGGUAUAUUUGGGGUAUUGACUAGUGGGUGGAAGGUUGGAAGUAACGUUUUGACAUUUGGCAAUGCGGCGGGAGGAUUGGUGGAUUAUGCGGUGGAUUUGGUGGGGGUGGAUGUUUAUUGGUGA